AUGGGCCCCUGUACCGCCUCCUCAUGCUGCUGCCAGGCCCGUAAUCUGCCAUGGGCCCAGUACCCGCCUCCUCAUGCUGCUGCCAGGCCCGUAAUCUGUCAUGGGCCCCUGUACCGCCUCCUCAUGCUGCUGCCAGGUCCAGAGUGUGUCAUGGGUCCCUGUACGGCCUCCCAUUGCUGCUGUCUCCAUCGCCACACUCUGCCAUGUGCCACUUUCAGGUCUCCUCACACUGCUGGUGGUUUCCAUUUUUGUCAUAGGGUGCUGUAUGGCCUCCCAUUGCUGCUGCCUCCACCGCCACACUGUGGCUCCACACUCUGGUUUUGGCCCCGUGACUGCCCAAAUGAGUGAAGUGUGCGGUGAUUCUAAGAUCGACGGCACUCAUCUGCAUGUCAUACUGACUGUCAGUAUUAUUUCUCUUCCCCAGCAGACUCCAAGGGCAUUUAAAUUAAAGGUACAGUGUUCUGCACUAAUAUAA